AUGGAGGUCAUCCCAACCAAAAAAGAACAAAAUUUGAUUCAACAGAUUUCGAAAGAAGACAUCACAAAGACGUGUUAUGCUGGUGGGUCUGUCAUAUCAACAACAGAUGGGACGUUGUGUUGGGUAGCCGAAGAUGGAGUAACGAUCAAUGUUGGGUCGAUUCAUGGCGAAGUUAAACACACGUACCCCGGCGAUUCGACUGAAGUUAUAGUAUCGGCCGUAUCGAAGAAUAACAAAUACUUAGCAGUCUCUUACGCUUCGGGGUUGAUCUAUAUCUAUGACCUUGAUAUCCCACGAACCCAAAUAAUGAUUAUAAAGACUCCUAAAGUGUCUGCGUUAACGUCACCAGUCACUGUAUCUCUUUGCUUCAGUUUUUCUAACAUGUUCAUUGCGAUGGGGAGUAAUGAUGGAUAUGUCCGAGUGUAUGACUUGGAAAACAAGUACUUCACGCACGUCUUGGUAUUCUCACAUGGACUUGUGACGUCCCUUCUUUUCGACGAUACUAACAAGGACAAUUUUUACGUCUACGCAGCGUCAGAUAACAUCGAGAAUAUCAGACAAUUCAAUUUGAUGACUAAGAAGUCCGCGGAUUUCUUCGGACAUUUGAACGGAGUCGUUUCGAUGUGUUUUGAUGAGGACUACAAUUUGGUCUCUGCUGGGAAAGACAAAGCCUUAAUAUAUUGGGAUAUGAAAACAAAGAAGCCGAGUAAGACGGUGAUGAUCCCCGAUCCUUUAUUAAUCAAAUUUAUUGGAGAAAAGUAUGUGAUAGCCAGUACUGACGGCAAGAUCUACUUCUUAAAGGAGAAUAAGAUAUGCUGGGAGAGUGGAGAGGACCAACGAUUACUUUCACCAAACACGUUGUUACUCACGUCCGAUACUCUGAUCCACGUCAGUUAUGAUGGAUACUUCAUCUUUUAUUCGUUUAGUGGUGAAGUCGUCAAUUAUGACUGUUUUGAUCGAGACUCUGUCAUCUAUUGCCUUCCACUUACUUUUGAGAAUAAAGUGGAGUCUUCGGAGUCAUCGAGUGAUUCAAAAGAAUUGAAAGCGGAAGAAGAAGAGGAAGAAAAAGAGAAGGAAGUUCCACAAAACAGUUUGCACGCAACGCACGUGUUAUUAGUGAACAAUUCCAACGCACUUGAAUUAAGAGAUUUGGUCACUCAUACCUCCAAAAUGUAUUAUGGUCAUGAAGCUACUAUCAUGUGUUGUGAUUUUUCCAAAGACAAGAAUCGCUUAAUAGUUGGGUAUUACGAUGGGUAUGUAUCUGUCUGGGAUGUUCUCACUAUGAAAGAGUUGUAUUCGUUUGAAUCGCAUAGUGGUCCCGUCACUGCAAUUGCACAUUCCAUGUCGAAGAAUUCAUUUGCGACGGGGUCGAACGACAAGUUUAUUAAAGUCUAUAAAUACAAUGAUACUCAAGCGAAACAACUGGAUGCUUUUGCAGCUCAUUCCAAAGAGAUCCAAUACUUAAAAUACUCCAAAAAGGAUUUAUAUUUGGUCUCCUGUUCGGCAGACAAGACUGCGAAGUUGUGGGUACCAAAGCAGAACUAUGCGCUUCAAGGCAUCUUAAAAGGACACACCCGUGCAGUUGUUUCUGCUGAUUUUUCACCGAUUGAACAGGUGGUGAUGACGUCCUCUGUUGAUGGUACCAUUCGCAUGUGGAGCGUGAAGUCCUUGUCUGCCUUAAAAACGUUCCAAGGGCACAACGGUGGAGUUCAAAAGGCCAUUUUUGUGAAUAAAGGAGUUCAAGUGCUUUCCGUUGGGAACGAUGGGACGACCCGCUUAUGGACGAUCAAGAGUGGAGAGAAUGUUCAGACGUUGGAUACCAAUACUUCCCGACUUUGGGAUAUAGAGGGAUAUAAUAAAGAAUUCAUCGUGUGUGGAGAUGGUGGAUUUGUCUCUUUGAUUCGAGAUGUGUCCAAGGAAGUCGUUCAAGAGCGCAUUAAGACGCGAGAACAGGAAAUCAUGUUAAGUCAGAAGUUGAUGAAUUUAACACGUAGCGGGAAGUGGAAAGAGGCGUUACGUAUCUGUGUGGAGUUGGGAUUACCAAAAGAAGCGUUGAACUGUUGCUAUCAUUGCGAUGUGAAAGAGGCGAUUAGCGACUGGGACGCGACACUGGGGCAGAAGUUUUAUCAGUUUGCGAGAAAGUGGAACGAAAGAAAUGUCACUAUGGCGGUCGCCCAAAUUGUGAUGGAAGCCAUUUUCAUGAAGUGGACGUUGGAAGAUAUACUCGACGAACAGUUGAAGAAAAGUCUGCAAAGAAUGAAGGAAUUAAAUACUAAACACUUGGAAACCCUCGAUGGGUACUAUAGAAAGGCUUUGUUCGUGAAGUAUGUCGCAGACGCUCUCAAUCCACUCCCAGACUUGAUUUGA